AUCGAAUAGACGGUCGUGUUGGACUAAACUGAUGAUUGGUGAUUCUUUUUAACUUCAUUUACCUAGUCUAUAACACAGAUAAUCACAUUGUGAAUGUUUUGUUAGUUGGACGACAUGGCUACGUUUUCUCGAUUACGUAAAUUAGCGUUAGUAAGUUUGGGUGCUAUCGGCGGUGGACUGGCGUAUUAUCGUAUGAAUAAAGAUGAACAUGUUAGUACGUUCAACGUGCUUAACUCCUGGACGACGAAUUACACUCCUUCCCAACCGUGGGAGAAGAAUUGGGACCACCGUGACCCUUGUUGCAUAGUGGAACCUGUAAAAUUGAGUAGUCCAGCGGAGCAGAACAGGUACAAUUCAGAAAUAGAAAAGGCAAAAGGAACGGCAUGGAGGCACAUAUUCUUAAUUCGGCACGGCCAAUAUAACGUCAAUGGGGCAAGCGAUAGGGAACAAAAACUAACUGAUUUAGGCAGACACCAAGCAGAAGAGACAGGCAAAAGGUUGGCAUCUCUUGGUAUAAAAUUCGAUCUCCUAGUACGAUCAACAAUGAUGCGGGCACAGGAGACAGGAGGAAUAAUAAGUGAGCAACUUGAUUGCAAUAUCCCAAUACAUGACUGUCAAUUAAUUGAAGAAGGUGCACCGAUACCGCCAGAGCCACCAGUGGGACAUUGGAAACCUGAACCAAAACAGUUCUUCCAGGAGGGCGCCCGCAUCGAAGCUGGUUUCAGGCGCUAUUUCUACCGCGCAUCCAAGGAACAGAAGGACGACAGCUUCACCUUACUCGUUUGUCACGCUAAUGUCAUCCGAUAUUUUGUUUGCAAGUAA